UCCAGCCUCAGACAUGCCUCAAGGAACAGAAACAGAUGCUGUAGACAUUUGCCCAACACCAUUAUUAAAUUCUGUUAGUGAAGAUAAACAGAAUAACGAAUGGCUAGCCGCAUCUUGGAGUGACCAUCUUCCAGAUGUUCUACAAAGGGAUCACCUUUCAUCAAUAUUGGGAAAUGAAGACCAACCCUCUGCAGUGGAAAUGAUGUUACCAGUAUCAGAACUUCAAAGACAUACAAUAGAUUUUUCCACAGAGAUUCUACCUGAAAUACCUGAUGUUCCUAUUGUGCUGUACCAAGAACCCAUCUCAAUAUGCGAAACCCCGUGCAACAAUGAUUCAUUUGACUAUUCUGUAUUAGCAAACACCUCAGAUAGGCCUAACAUUUCAGAAAUAGAAUAUGAUAAAGCAUCAUAUAUUGGCAACAGAGAAAACACCAAUAGUAAUCUUUCUCCUGAAUGUCCCGAUGACCCUGACUGGCCGAUCGUCCAUGAAGAAACGGUUGAUAAUAAUGAACUGACCAACCAAAACAACACAGACGUGAUAGAUGGUGAUACGGAUGGAAAUGUAUCACAGAAGAAAAGAAGUGGAAGAAAAAGAAAAAAUGAAAAUCAAACCAAAAAAAUAGCCAAACAAAAGAGAAACAGCAAUGAAGAUUUUUAUAACUACAAGGGACAACUUGUACAAAGAAAACUUUUCAGAGAUUUUGAAUGUAAAUGUAUCCGGAAAUGUCACAGCCUUGUAAGUACAGCCACCAGGAAUGAAGAGUUCAACAAGUUUUGGAAACUGGGAGAUUAUAAUUCACAAAACAUGUACAUUGGCGCUUGUGUAAAAGAAGUUGGGAAGAAACGUCAAUAUACAAGCAGUACAUCCAAAAGAAAUUUCUCAAGAGUGUAUACUAUCAGAACUAUACCUGUGUGCCGAGAAACAUUCACAGAAACAUUUCAAAUCUCCAGCAAAAGGGUGAACACUGCAUUAUGCAAACUAAGAUCAGAUGACUUGCUGGACAAGCGAGGAAAAAAACAAGGUGGUUUAAACAAAGUCAGUGAUAAAAAAAUGGAAGAGGUUAUGGCUCAGAUAAACAAAAUACCUCGAUACAAAUCCCAUUAUAGAAGAGUGAAUACUGAUGCUGAGUUUCUUCCACCAGAGAUGACAUUACAAAAAAUGUACGAUCUUUACUUGCAAGAAAAAACUGAGCAAUGGGUGAAUGAGGGAGGAGAUGAAGAGAAAGUUAUAGAAUGGAAUGAAGCUAAUGAAUAUAAGAAAAAAGAAAUUAUUAAAGAAAUAGAUGCAGUCAGCUUCUCCACAUAUAGAAGAAUAUUCUUAACGAAGUUUGACUUGAAAUUUAAGAGUUUGAAAAAAGAUACUUGCAAGACAUGUGAUGCAUUUGCUGCCAGAUCAAGCACUGUAACUGGGAAGGAGAAAAAAGAAAUUGAAGAUGCUCACAACAACCACAAAGAUAUUUGGAUGAAUGCACGCCUUCAGUUAAGAAAGGACACAGAAGAAGCACAACAAGACAUUUCUUCUGAAUGCUUAACAUUUGACUUAGAGAAAACUUUACCACUUCCAAGAAUACCAGCAAAUAUUAUAUUCUAUAAAAGACAGUUAUGGGUUUAUAAUGCUGGUGUUCAUUCGUGUAAGACAGGAACUGGAUACUGCUAUGUGUGGGUUGAAAACCAAGCUGGAAGGGGAGCACAAGAAAUAGGAUCUUGUCUCAUAAAACAUAUACAGAAUCAUGUUGGAAACAAUAUAAAACAUCUAGUUUUAUGGAGCGAUUCUGCUGGCGGACAAAACCGAAACAUAAAGAUUGUAUUAAUGUUGAAAGCCUGUUUGGAGGACCAUCCCUCAUUACAAAGUGUUACUCUGAAGUUUUUACUUUCUGGCCACAGUUUUUUGCCUAAUGAUGCAGACUUCAGUGACAUUGAAUGUGCUCUGAAGCACGUCCAAAGAUUGUAUCUGCCUGCUGAAUAUAUAGAAGUCAUGAAGAAGUGUAGAAGGAAGAAACCUUUCAUUGUUAACAAAAUGCAGUCUCGUGAUUUCUUUGGUACAGAAAAAUUGGAAACAAUGGUUGUCAAUCGCAAAGUUACCCAAGAGAAAGAGAAAAUUAACUGGCUAAACAUCAGAGAAAUAAAAAUAAUGAAGGAAGAGCCUCUAAAAAUAUUUACUCGAACUGAUUUCCAGUCUUCGUAUUCUGUAGUUGAUCUCGAGAAGAAACCAACGAAAGGAAGACAAGUUCAACAGUUUAGUUACAGGAGUUGUCUUGUACCUAUGUGGGUUGGUGGUAAAGAUAUUGCUGCUCCAAAGCUUAAGGACUUAAAAUCAAUAAUGUCUCUAAUCCCAAAUGAUGCCAAAGAGUUUUAUCGUUCAUUAACUGGAAGUAGGUCUGUGGAAGACGAUAUAGAUGGUUUCUGCGCACCUUUGGAUUUCGAAACAGAAUAAAAUGUGUGAUUAAAAACUAAAUAAAACCGUGAUUACGGAACUGCAUUAUGUGCGAUUUUGUAAAAAUUUGAAUUAAAAAACACAAGAAACUAAUUGA